AUGGUGGCCACGAUAUCCGUAGAGCCCCAUAGGCGCGACUCCAGUCCUCAGCCGUCACCGCCUCCGACGAAACGGCGGAGGCGGCCGGGGGCGAUUCUCGGCCAUGCCCUCACUGCGGGAGAACGUUCAAGCGUACCGAACACCUCGAACGUCACGUUCGAAUUCGUCCUGGCCGCCAUCGGUCGCCGGCGGACGCCGAGCCAUGACGCCGGGUGGGAGGCCGGGGCCGCUACGAAGGAGUGGGGCACUUGGGAACCCAUCGAUGCUGUUCGCACUCUGAUCGUGUUGAUGGGCUACGCCACUUGGGAGCCCAAGGAGGUCUUGCUCCGCGAAGCUUUUGGUCUCCAAAGCCUGCUUGUGCAGGUUCUUCGUGACAUUGGCCUUACUGAAGAACCACCCACACGAAACGGGUCAAGUUUACCAGAUGACCCGUGUGACGCGUGGUUCGAGUGGAUAAAUCAGGAAUCCGUACGAAGAGCGAAGCUUAUCGCAUUUUCAUUUCUCCAUAUCCACAGCGUAGCCUAUGACGUUUACCCCGUCCUGCGCAGCAACGAAAUACACCUUCGGCUACCAUGCUCUACGAAAGAGUGGAAAGCAUCGUCGGUGGCCAAGUGGCAGAGUGCCACGCAAGAGGUAGGGAAAACACAACUGCUCUUUCAAGACGCACUUUCCUUAUUGCUCCGGAACGUGGAUUGUACAGCGCCACUCGAUCCCAUACCCACGCCGCUGGGAAAUUACGUCCUCCUCCAUGGCUUGCUGCAACGGAUUUAUAUUGUUAGGGACCUUUCCCUUCCUGUAGCAGAUCAAUCAGCAGCUCUGCCAGCUGAUGAGGUUGAAAAGUUAGAACGCGGCCUUCGAUCAUGGACCUCGGGCUGGCAGCAGGCUCCCGAGUCAAGUCUUGACCCCAACAAUGAGAACGGGCCAAUUCCCUUCACCUCGAGCGCGCUAUUAAGUCUCGCCUACAUACGAAUCUACCUCAACCUCGGUCCGUAUAGGUGCCUGGAAACUCGCGAUCCAAUACGCAUCGCUCGAGCGCUUGCCAGGUCUCCUAGAGUUCGCAGGAGCGAUGGACUGAUCUCUGCUCUACUCUACGCAGCUCAUGCACUGAGCAUUCCCGUGCGUCUUGGCGUCGAUCGCGUUGCUCGAAGCCAAGCCUUCUUCUGGAGCGUAAGGCACUCGCUUUCGGGAAUGGAGUGCGCCGUACUGCUGAGCAAAUGGCUCUUCUCCCUUCCAGGUCAAGAAAGCAGCGCUAAACUCAAUGAUAGCGAAGAACGCAUUCUUCACUGGGUUCGAUGCAUAGUGGAAGAGGCCUGGGCUGUGGUAGAUUUCGAUGAGGAAGAGACUGAGUUCUUACAAGCGCAAAAGCCAGACGAAGCCAUCUACACCUUCAAGAACGUCCCGUAUGCCGAGGCCCCACUAGGAGACCUUCGGUUCAAGGCUCCGGUAGCGAGGACUAGCGUAAAUCGAACGAUCGACGACGGCUCCAACUCACGGAUCUGUUUCCAGGCGGCAGGAAACUAUUCCAAGUACACCCUACCGCUCGUGCAAGAGUAUGCCGCAAAUUGCGGAGGGUUGUCCGAUGUACGCCUUGGGAACUCGGAUAACCUAACGCAGUCGGAGGAUUGUCUGCUAUUGGACGUGUACACGCCGAAAGAGGUCUGGGAAAAUCGCUUCACCACCAAGCGACCCGUACUAGUGUGGAUCCAUGGCGGCGGUUAUACGAAAUGGUCCAAAGAGGCGGUGAACCCGGCUGGAAUCGCGGCGAGGAGCAUGGGCCUGUUUGGCUUCCCGCCAGGUAGGAGGAUCGCGGAUGACGUCGAGUCGAAUGCGGGGUUAUACGACCAGCGCCUAGCAUUUGACUGGAUCUCGGGCACGUCGGGCUUCGACGAGGCGAGAAACCUGAAUUCCACAGAACUUCAGGCUAUCAACACGGCCAUGCUUGCGAACGGGGCCUUUACGGACACUGUUUUUCAACUCAAUGUUGACGGCAAGUUUCUGCGCGACGACGUGUCGUAUUCCUUGUACAAUGACGCCACCGUCGAUUCCUUCGGUCUACCAAUCGACCUUACAGCGGUGGGCGCUAUCCAAGAUUGGAUCAUCGGAUUUACGACCCGUGGAAGCCGGGGCAGAAGUAAGGCCAAGGAACUUCCUAUUUACGGACCUAAUGCACGAAUUCUCCGUGUCCAUCGUCAAGGCACCGACGCAUCGGAAUUCAGCAUUGGCAAAGAUCCGGCGGCCAACCUCAGGUGUCGGUUCUGGCUUGACGCCAUCUUGGAAGAGGAGGGUGGUGGCGCCUGA